AUGCAUUGGAUCGUGAACCUCGAAGGUGGACCGAGACGCGUUAACCAUGCUUCCGUGGCGGUGGGUGAAUUUAUCUAUUCCUUCGGCGGGUACUGCACGGGAGAGGAUUAUCACUCGAACAGCGCAAUAGAUGUACACGUUCUCAACACGCACAACAUGCGCUGGGCACCGAUCCCGGCGGUCGAAGACGAAAACGGUGUGCCGUGCAAGUAUCCGGAGGUGCCGUUUCAACGGUACGGUCACACGGCGGUUGCGUUCGGGCGCAAAGUGUACCUAUGGGGUGGACGGAACGAUGAGAUCGUUUGCGACAUACUCUUCUGCUUCGAUACGAAAACACGCAAGUGGACCCGACCUUCGGUAACGGGCACGGUUCCCGGUGCUCGCGAUGGCCAUUCGGCGUGUAUCUACGAUGAGCGCAUGUACAUUUUUGGCGGCUUUGAGGAGAGCAUAGACAAAUUCUCCUGUGACGUCUACUACCUCGAUCUGCGCACGAUGCACUGGACGUACGUAAAUACGCUUGGAGAACCACCGUCUUACCGGGAUUUUCAUUCCGCCACCGUACUCAACCAUCGGAUGUACGUGUUUGGCGGGAGAAGCGACGCUGUAGCACCAUAUCACUCGCAGGAGGAAAUCUAUUGUCCAAAUAUAAAGUAUCUGGACCUGCGGGCGGAUCGAUGGUACACACCGAAAACCACUGGCGAAAUUCCAGUGGGUCGAAGAAGUCAUUCUGCAUUUACCUACAAUAACAAAAUUUACAUCUUUGCGGGAUACAAUGGCAAUAUAGACAAACAUUUCAAUGAUCUCUACUGUUUCGAUCCCGAACGAAACGUUUGGCGGCAGGUGACUCCACAAGGUCAAGCACCGCGGGCCAGACGGCGCCAAUCAUGCUUGGUGAUUGGCAAACGAAUGUAUCUAUUUGGUGGCACCUGUCCCACAAACAAUGGCGAUCCAUCAUCAUUUGAUUAUAGCGAUACGCACGUGCUUGAUUUUGAACCAAGCUUGUGCACUUUGGCCAUCAUAAAAGUUCUGGAAUACAGACUCGAUGUUACAAGUUUACCUCAGGACAUCAGAAUCGAAAUACGAAACAUGUCUACACCAAACAAAAUCGGACGAUCUCUAAACAAAGGUUGAACGAAGGAUGC